GGAAACCAUUCAGCGCUGUCUUCCCAGCUCCUCGUCCCUCUGCAGUUCCCAGCCCUGAGAGCAUGGCUUGGAAGGAAGGGGGCACAAGCCCACCCUCGUGUUUCAUCCAGCGCCUGGACCACCUUGUGCUGACUGUGAAGAGCAUCGAGGACACUGUGGCCUUUUAUUCCAAAGUCCUGGGCAUGGAGGUGGUGACGUUCAAGGGCAAUCGCAAAGCUUUGCGCUUUGGCCAGCAGAAGUUCAACCUGCACCAGGCUGGACAGGAGUUUGAGCCCAAGGCUCGGCGCCCCGUGCCCGGCUCUGCAGAUUUCUGCCUGAUCACAACAGAGCCCCUGGAGCAGCUGCUGAAGCAUCUGCAGGCCUGUGGGGUGGCCAUUGAAGAAGGUCCCGUGGCCAGAACUGGUGCUAUGGGUCCAAUAACCUCCAUCUACUUCCGAGACCCCGACGAGAACCUGGUUGAGGUUUCCAGGUACUGCACGGAUGUGGCUGCAGGCACUGAGGGGCAGCCCUGACCACGGCCCAUGCUCUGCCUGGGUCCCAGCAGGGUUUGCCUGGCCCAUUUAAUGGUCCAGGCUUUAAUUGUGUAAACCUGGGACAAGCCUCAAAUCAUAGCCACAAAGUGGGGCUGCAAGGAUGUUGGGAGAUUUCCCAAGGCAGCCUGCUCUGCUCUGCUCUGCUCUGCUCUGCUCUGCUCUGAGUGUGAAUCCUGCUUUUAUACAUCUCCAUCAUGGAGAUUUCCUGGCCUUCUUGGAAGAUCUGUCCUGCUGCUGCUGCACUGCAAUUGCUGGGACAUCUUCCCUAAUUCCUGCUUUCCCUUUUGCUACACUGCCCACCUGUCACUCCUCUCCUCUCCAGAGUCACUUUUCCACAGUUGGAAAUUUCUGCAUCCCUUCCUCUCAUCCUCCUGCUUCUUGUUGCACGCUGCCUGGUGCUGGUGGCUCUCCCACCACGGCAGAGGUUUAGAUCCAGCUGUGGUUGUCCAAACACAUUCCUCUCCUGGGGUUUGGGAAUUCGGCCUCGGUGUGACACUCAAACACUCCUGAAACUGAAGACCCAAGUUUCAUCCUCAGCUCUGUAUCAAUAAUUGUGGGGUUUCUGUCACUCAAGAAUGGAAAAAGCAGGGAUGAGGAGCCUACAUGAAGGGCAAAGUGUCAGAAGUCCAGGAGUUCACUGGAUUUAUGCAGAGAUUGAGGAUGGUCUGACGCAGAGGAGUCUGACUCUGAUGGCUCCUGGUUACUUGUGGGACUGUCCUGAGUUUUCUUCUUCCUUCAGUUAUUUAAAAAGCCAUUUCAAAGUUAUCUAAAAAGUAUAAAACAAUGAAGGACCUGGGGAUUCUCAAGCAGAGCAGUUCCGAGGCUGGCCACACUGAGGUAGCAUCGAUAUCCUCACGGGAACAGCGCUGGAAAGGAGGGAGGACUCUUCUGACCGCUACAGUGCAAAUCCUCUAUAAAAUUGAAACAAUCUCUGAA